GAAGAAAAUCAGAAGAGGAAGGGUUGGAAGACAAUGGGCUGGAAGAAAACUCCAGAGAUGGGCAGGAGGAUAUUGAAGCAAGCCUGGAUACCUUACAAGACAUUGACAUGAUGGAUAUUAGUGUGUUAGAUGAGGCUGAAAUAGACAACAGCAGUGCUGUGGACUGUGGGGAAGACUAUAGUCCUGAUAACAUUCUGGAUUCACUGUCUGAUAAUAAAGACAAUGUUGAUGCUGAAAUGAAAGAACUCCCAGAUCAGCUAACAGAAAAUGAGGAAGAUUAUGAUGAAAUUGAAAACAAUGUAGAUUCCUCUUCUGAUUUAAUUGAAAUGAAGAAAAUGGAGAAACUACACUUGGAGCCAGGUACUGUUAAAGAAAAGCAUAUUCCUGUCUUUUCAACUAAUGCUUUUUAAACCAUUAACUGUUUAAAACAAACAAACAAACAUAGAGUUUGCGUUAUUCUUAUGAUGGACAACCCAGAUCGUGCAGGGUCAUAGAGAUUGGAAACCCAAUCAUAUCCCCAGAUCUGUCAAGUGAUGCUUGUCAUCUCUGAAAUAUUUUCAGUGAUAUGAAAUGGUUUAAAAACCUGUUAAGCUACAUAGAUGGAUGUAGAGAAGGUAAUGACAGUUUAAGAGCUAAGCAAUCUGCCUCUAAACAGAUCUUGUGAUAUCGCACACACCUUAACUCCUUAGCGAGUAGGGAGCAGUGACAGCAGUAAAAAGACAUUGUAGGGCAUUAGAAUGUAAAGCUUAGUUACUGGAUACAGAAGAAAGAAGAGAGUUUCUUCAUGGAAAUUUCAUACAGAUACUUUUCACUUUGUGGACUGCAAACACACUCAUGCACCAUCAGAAGAAGCCCAGGUUUCAUGUUGGACUGUCUGCUAAAAGAAUGUCACAGAGAUUUAAAAAUUGAACCCUCAGUGCUUUGCUAUGUUCAGUUAAGCGUCUCGGACUGUGGAAGCUAACUAGAGAAGAAACAGCUGAACGAUUUCGUGAAGAAUAUCAAGGAUGAGCCAGAAGGUUUUGUUAAAUCUGUGGGGGAUUUUUCUUCCCUGUUAACGUGUGAGGGCUGAUGCA